AUGUCAGACCAACAACCACAACAACAAACAAAGAAAGUAUUGUUUGCUUGCAUUCAGAAUGCAGGAAGAUCACAAAUGUCAGCAGCAUUGUUCAAUCUACAUUGUUCUAACAAGGGAUGGACGGCUAUUUCAGCUGGAACUAAUCCCGCUACACAUGUUCAUCCUGCUGUCGUAGAGACGAUGAAGGAGAAGGGUGUGGACCUGACCAACAACAUACCACAGAAGUUGACAUUGGAGCUGGCUCAGACUGCCACCAUCUUUGUCACGAUGGGCUGUGGCGAUGCCUGUCCCUACGUGCCUGGCAUCAAGAUUGUCGAGUGGCAGAUUGAAGAUCCCAAGAACAAGCCAGCUGAACAAGUUCGUUUAAUACGUGAUGACCUCGAGGCCAGGAUCAUUGACUUUAUCAAGCAAGAGGGUAUAUAA